AUGUCUACCGAAGGUCAUUCCUCUGCGUUAAAUUCAAACAACAACACGAUGAAUUCAUAUUACAGUUCAAGUGUAUCUGUUGAUCGAGGAAAAAGACCUAUGUAUGAAGAUGAUACUUCACAAACGAAAUCGCAUGAUGUUGCUUCUUCGAGUUCUGCUGGUCAUUCAUCGUCUAAUUCUGUUAUUCUGCAUUCUGAUGGUGUUCAAUUUGCCGGUGUAGAUCACAGAGGUCGUGUAUCUAGCAAAAUAUAUAUCACUCCAGGCGGAACGAGCUAUUGGAUACCUGAUGUUCCUGUUGAGUUAAAACCUGUUUUAGGUCGUUACUAUGAUACUUGGGACGAUGUUGUCAAUAUGUAUGACACAUAUGCUGAUGCAUCUGGGUUUUCUACUCGAAUAGGCGCUACAAAACGAGUUCAAGGCAUCGUCACACAUAAAUAUAUUGUGUGUAACAGGGCUGGUAAACCAAAGCUGCAAGAUUUUGACUUGAGUACUGUUAUUGCUGUUUCAAAUUGUCGUCGAAGCAGGUUCAAAGUGACAAAUUGCAAGGCACGUAUCAAAUUAAGUGUGGAUCCUAUAACAUCAAAGUUUUGUCUAUAUGGAUUCGUCGAAGCGCACAACCAUUCUCUUGUCGAUACAGACAACAGGGAAUUCACGAAAAAAAGAAGGAAGCUCGAUUUCUUUGAUCAACAAUUUAUUCACAAGCUAAGCCUAAAUAAAAUUGGUGCAACUGUUGCACAUAGGCUACAAUGUUCACUGAAAGGUGGCCACCAGAAUGUUCGUGGUACUAAAACAGAUUACAAAAAUGCUGCUAGGGAUAUACGGCUUUUUAUUGGUGAACGAGACGCACAAAUGAUUGUCGAUACGAUGAAUGCUCGUAAAUCGAAUUUGCCCAACUUCUUCUUUGAGUUUACGGUAGUUGGAAAUGAGUUAAGGUCAUUGUUUUGGGCUGAUGAUGUGUCGAAAUGUAACUACGAGGCGUUUGGUGACGUUCUAGGUUUUGAUGCAACAUAUCAUACAAACCUGUAUAAAAUGAUCUUCGUGCCUUUUACGGGUGUGGACCAUCAUAAAAAAUGUGUGACAUUUGGGGCAAGACUUAUAUAUGACGAAACUAUCGAGUCUUACAUAUGGUUACUUAAAAUGUUCCUCAAAGCUCAUAAAAAACAACCGUUGUUGACCUUAACCGAUCAAGACGCAUCCAUGAAACAGGCUGUUGCUGCUGUCUUUGACAAGUCAAUACAUCGGUUGUGCAUGUGGCAUAUUGUUAAAAAGAUACCUGCUAAGAUAUCGGGUGACUCAUCAUCAAAUGCUGAUCUACGUAAAUCGAUACACAAAUUGGUAUGGAACCUGUUUAUCACACCUGCAGAAUUUGAAGAAAGAUGGCAGAUACUUAUGAACGGCUUAGAGUUGAGUGAUAAUAACUGGUUGAAUGAAAUGUUUUCCAUUCGUGAUCAAUGGGUCCCUUGCUAUUUUCGAGAGGUUCCUAUGUGUUGUUUGAUGAAAACAACGUCUAGAUGCGAGAGCUCGAACGCGCUGUUUAAAGUACAUUCCGGUGGAACCAAUACUUUGGUGCAGUUCAUGAUGUGUUUUGAUACAGCAAUCGAUGGUCAGCGUCAGAAGCAGCGCCAAGCAGAGUUUGACAGUAACACGACAACGCCGUUUAUGCCUAACAAGAUUCCUAUAGAGAUGCAUGCCUUUGAUAUAUACACCCGUACAAUAUUCCUAGAAGUGCAGAAGGAGAUUUACAAAGGAUUGACACACUGUUUUAUAAUUAGAUGCGAGGAACUUGAUGGUAUUAAGUUCUAUACUAUUGCACAUACGAACAAGAGUUGCAAAAUUGUCAAUGAAUAUAAGGUUGAACUUGAUGUGCGCGAUAACACGGUUUCUUGUACGUGUAUGUGUUUCACUCGUAACGGCUACUUGUGUAGGCAUGUUUUUUGUGUAUUCAGGUUCAACCAGAUUGAUAAGAUUCCUGAUAAAUAUCAGUCCAGUCGGUGGGAUAGGGAUGUGCUUCCAAACAGGGUUCAUGCUAUUUCAAAUAGAUAUGCAGCUGACAAUGACCCAGAGUCUGUAAUAAGGAACGAGAUAUUUGAUUUGAUUGGUCAGUGUACUAUCCGUUUGAGACGUAAACCUGACAAACUAUCUGCACUAUCUACACAAAUAAGAGAGAUCAGAGAUAUCAUAUACGAGGAGUUUCCAUCUGAACCAGAUUGUAACAAUAAGAGUGCGGUUAUAAGUGAUAUCAUCGGGCAGCCCGAAAACGUUGAAGUUACUAUUCACCCACCACAAGGCAUCAGGAAUAAAGGGUGUGGCACCAACAAGCGGCUAAUUGGUCCGGGAGAGAAAGCUGUAGAGAACCACAAAAAGAACCCGCGUUUAUGUCAUCGAUGUAACAAGUAUGUGUAUGAUCAUGAUAAACGUAACUGUGCGAAAGUGCAAGCCGCUAAAGAGGCGGCAGCAGCUGCUGCUAAAGAGGCUGCAGCCGUAUCUGGUUCUGGUCGUUAA